AUGCUGAGGCCGGGCGGAGCGCACGAAGCCGCGCUGCUCGCCCCUCGGCGCGCCCGAGCCCCGGCCCCCGCCGCCGCCACCGCGGCCCCCGACGUCUCCCCGGCCUCGGGCCGCCUGGGUCUUGCCUGCCUGCUGCUGCUGCUGCUGCUGACUCUGCCGGCCCGCGUGGACACGUCCUGGUGGUACAUAGGAGCUCUGGGGGCCCGAGUGAUCUGUGACAACAUCCCUGGCUUGGUGAGUCGGCAGCGGCAGCUGUGCCAGCGUUACCCAGACAUCAUGCGCUCAGUGGGUGAAGGUGCCCGAGAAUGGAUCCGAGAGUGUCAACACCAGUUCCGCCAUCACCGCUGGAACUGCACCACGCUGGACCGGGACCACACUGUCUUUGGCCGUGUCAUGCUCAGAAGUAGCCGGGAGGCAGCAUUUGUAUAUGCCAUCUCAUCAGCAGGCGUGGUCCAUGCUAUCACCCGGGCCUGUAGUCAGGGUGAACUGAGUGUAUGCAGCUGUGACCCUUAUACCCGUGGUCGACAUCAUGACCAACGAGGGGACUUUGAUUGGGGCGGCUGCAGUGACAACAUCCACUAUGGUGUCCGCUUUGCCAAGGCCUUUGUGGAUGCCAAGGAGAAGAGGCUUAAGGAUGCCCGGGCCCUCAUGAACUUACAUAACAACCGCUGUGGUCGCACGGCUGUGCGGCGCUUUCUGAAGCUGGAGUGUAAAUGUCACGGUGUGAGUGGCUCCUGUACCCUGCGCACCUGCUGGCGUGCACUCUCAGACUUCCGCCGCACGGGCGACUACCUGCGAAGGCGCUAUGAUGGGGCUGUGCAGGUGACAGCCACUCAGGAUGGUGCCAACUUCACUGCAGCCCGCCAAGGUUAUCGCCAUGCCACCCGGACUGAUCUUGUCUAUUUUGACAACUCCCCAGACUACUGUGUCUUAGACAAGGCUGCAGGUUCCCUAGGCACUGCAGGCCGCGUCUGCAGCAAGACGUCUAAAGGAACGGACGGGUGUGAGAUCAUGUGCUGCGGUCGAGGGUAUGACACAACUCGAGUCACCCGCGUUACCCAGUGUGAGUGCAAAUUCCACUGGUGCUGUGCCGUGCGGUGCAAGGAGUGCAGAAACACUGUGGACAUCCAUACUUGCAAGGCCCCCAAGAAGGCCGAGUGGCUGGACCAGACCUGAACACACAGAUGCUCGUCCCUGCACUUCAAACCUCCCGACUCAAAAGCACAAGACCCUUGCAUGCACACCUGCCUUCGUCUUCCAUCCUGGGCUGCUACAGCCUCUGUUUAAGGACUUGGAGAGUAAUCCAGAGGGAUACUGGCGUCCUGGCUGGUUCUUAAGCCCUGGGAAGUUGACAGGGGAUAUGAGAAAUUUGAUGCUCCCUGAUUUUCCCUCUGGAAGUUUGAAGGGAGAGUUGAAGAGGCGGGGGUCAGUUUUCAAAUGAUCGGAGUUGCACUAAAGUACCUGGUCACGGCUCCUUUUCCCUUUUCUUGCACUGGCCUCCUGAUAUUUUUUCAGUGUGCUAGAGGAAGGAGACCUGAAGAGAGCUUCCUUUUUGAUUCUACUCUAGCUGAGGGUAGAUAGGACAAAGAUGAAACCAUUUGUCCCUUCCUUGGAGACAGUUUGAGCAGACUUUCUGGUACCUGGAAAAAUAACCUUAGACUUCAGUAUUCUACUAUUGAGAACCUGAGAUUGCUAGAUGAUAUCAUGGCAGCAAGGUUCAAUUCUCAUGUUUAUAUACAAUUUAUAAACUACUGUGUUUUGUAAGGGGGGAAUCAUAUAGCUACAAAUACACAUUCCCUGUGUCUUCUAUUCCACUCUGUCAGACAGUUGUGUGCUCACUUGUUCAGAGUGUGGUGGCAUGCAGUGGUUCUCCAUCCAAACAGAUCAUCAGAGCCCUGGGACAGAACUGAGAAUAAUACAGUAAGUGUGGCUAGGUCUUGGGACUUUUCCACAUGAAUUGUUCUGGAGAUGAGGUAGUUUUGGAAAACACUAAGGAAAAGAUAGGUAACUCUUAGAGGGUGGGAGAGGGUAAGCACACCUGCUCUCAGGGCUUCAUGAGGAUCAGUGUAUACUAAGGAAGGUAGAUAUCUCUGGCUAGGGAAUUUCUUUAGGAGAAGAUCCCAACCUUUGAAAGGAGGCACAAAGCCAGUGUAUAGAGCAAGAGCUGGGAGCUUGGGGCCAACAUGGAUAACAGCUUAGAAGGCAGAGCCUUGCCCCACUUACUCAGCAAUUGUGACUCUAAGUCCUGCUGAUUAUUACUGUUCAUUCCACAUUUGGCUUAAAUAGAGGAGGGUUCCUUCUAUGCUACUAACCAUUGCCUACUGAGGCUCACAGUACAGCCUCUAGAGACAGGUUCAGCGAGCUGCUAGGUUUUGAAAUUUUGGUGUCCUAGUUUUACUUGACCUCGACACUGGUUAUCUCUUGCCUGUUGAUAAACAAGAGAGCAAUACAGAAAGUUACAGGUAUGACAGACCGGGGUUUAAUCAUAGCUGUGUCAUUUAACAUUUUUGUUAUUUUUAGAAACAUAUUUAAAUCUUCCCCACCUUUUAUUAAAUGAGGGUAUGUACUCAUCUCAGUUAUUGAGAUUUAAUUGUGUUCCAAACUCUAGCCAACAAGGACUCUUCAUCAAACUCCAUCCUAACUUAGGAGUUUCCCAUUUUAAGACUGUCUGGUUAGAACAACAGGGUGUAGAUUAAGGGCCUUCCGAAGCAAGUUUGGAUUCAGGGUCUCCUCCUUUCCUCCAGCACCUCUCCGGCAUCCAUUGAGUCUCAUACGCUUGUGGACAGCUCUGUUCUGCACGGGCAGCAGAAGGCUGCAGGAGCCAGAGCUCUGGUCACGAAAGCAGAUUUAUUUGGUUGAUAGGACUAAUAUUUGUGUAACCUGCUGAGACCUGUGUGGGAGAGUUUAGGUUGGUUUUUCUUUUGGUGAGGGGAUUUGCUCCAGUUUCACAUCCAUUAACACAAAACAUGAGCUAGUCAGGGCCUUGUGGUCUGUGGUGAGGGGAUGCCUGUGGAGAAAUGGGACUGAAUGAGUCAGGCCAAGGGAAUGUCUUCCUUGCAGAGUAGAGUUGACUGGAUAACUAAUGAGCCAGUGGUCAGAUUGGGGGGUGGGAUGGGGAGGGACAGCUGGGGAACGGAAGAGCUUCUGACAUCUUGGGCUGAGUCACAACAGUGGGGAAGAAUAGGGUCAUGGUCAGCCUGAACUCCAGGCCAGUGUGAAUGAGUUUACAAAUACUGCCUUGUAGACCACGAGGCUGAGAAGUGCCCCAGGUCCCAGCCAGCCCCUGCUCUUGCGAGGACAUUCAGGUUAUCACAUCAAUGAUGGCCCAGGCCUUCUGUGGGAAGUCAGCCUACGUGAAAUCUACCUGGGCCAUAUUCUCUGCUUUUCGAUUUUUUGGUUCUCAUCUUAGGAAAAGAAGAGUGUAGCUCUCUUUUAGUAUCUCAUUCCAGCUGAUAAAGAAGUUUUUCAACUUCUUCCAAAUGGUUAAGAGAAACACGAGCUGUGCAGGGAGUGAGAGGUUUGCAAGGGAGGUGUUUUAGUGAGAGAAAAGAUGGCCAUGUGAGCCUCACUAUAGAAGCUGUGUGACCCCAAAAAGGAAUGAUGGCCAAGCAAUUAAUUUUUCUUUAGUCCUUAGUUUACCUCUGCAUUCCAGUUGGCUUUAGACAACUGGCAUUCAUUCUGCACUAUGCAAACAGAAACUAACUUAUUUGGAGCGAGCAACAAAACCAGAACUUUAUUUGGUGCUGUCAGGGCUCCAUUUGGUCUGUCCUCCACCAGUGUUUGAGCGGCUCCCCUCUUCCAUUCAUUCCUUCGUGUUGGUCAUUUCUUUCACUUCUGAUAAAUAUUCAGGUCUGCUACAUUUCAGGAAGUGUAAUUUGGAUACAAAGUGAGCUAUUUCUGUCCUUUAGAGAAGGACCUCAGCUACACCGCCUCUAGCCAGGUUCUUUUAAAUAAAAUGAAGUACCAGGGUGUGGCUCCCAUCAGGACUGUCAGCACUCAGGAGGCCAAGGCAGGUGGAUUGUUGUGACUUUGAUGUGAGGCUGGGCUACGUAGUCAGUUUAAGUCUAGCCUGGAGUACAAAAUGGGGGGGGGGGGGCGGCGGAAAGGAAUGCCAGCUUUAAUCUAGCCCUGCAGAAAAGAGGCAAUGUUCACUGUUGUCAGCCCUGAGUAAUGACACAAAUCUGAACCCUUCUUUACGGUAAUGUUGGCAAAUGAAAUCAGGGACUUGAGAUUAAUUAAAGAAGAAAGUAUUGCCUGAGA